CACACACACACACACACACACACACACACACACACACACACACACAAUGCUUUCGGCUGCCAUUGCUGACGUGAGACUUUUAUUAUGAAAGUCUGAUUUGUAAAUAUCCGGUCUGUCUCUGCUUCUCUUCCGGAACUUGACUCUCCUCUGAACUCAGUUCGGUCUCGAGCCGUAACUUUGGGGCGUUUUCCCGCCGCUCGUUGCCUCCAUCAUAACAGCCUGCUGUUCUACGGGACCUGCACUGGACCGGAACCUUCCCGCUGCCGGUUCGGUUCUGGUUCGGUAAAGUGAGGUUUAUUUUCCUGGAGAACGGACUUUCAGUGGAACCCGGGCAGCAGCAUCCAUCCAUGCCGAACCGGACUGUGUGGAAAGGUUCACCUGGACAGGUUCUGAGCUCCUGGCUGAUCCGGAACCGGCCCGAUGGACCUUAGGCUCCAGAACUCUGUGAGCGUCUGCAGGAGGAUGAAGCUGCUCUGCUCGCUCUGGUUCCUCCUGCUGCUGGGACUCGGGUCGCUGCUGCUGCUGCUGGUCCACCUGCCGGACCUGACCGACACCGUGCUGCAGCAGAACCCAGGUGUGCCGGUUCUGAUGGCUCCCAGGUGGACCAUGGACCAGGAGUCAGCUCAGCGGUCCGGUGAUCCCGGUACCAGUCGGGUUCUGAUCCCUCCUCCCGGUCUCCCGUCCGUCUCCUCGUUUUUCAGUCCGUUGCUGGGCAACAAGCGGCCGGUCACCAAGCGUCACAGGAAGUUGCUGCUGAAGACUCCGCCCCCCGGAGGCCAGGAGGUUCUGCAGCAGCCGGGGUGGACCCAGAAGUCCCGGCUCCGCCUGCUGAAGCAGGUGUGCUCCAAGCUCCACCCCUUCUCCAGCAGGAGGCAGGUGACCCGCCAGCAGGUGUCCCGGAUCUACGUGGAGGACCGGUUCCGUCUGCUGUACUGUGAGGUGCCCAAAGCGGGCUGCUCCAACUGGAAGCGGGUCCUGAUGGUUCUGGGCGGCAGCGCCCGCUCCACGCAGGACAUCCCGCACGACGUGGUGCACUACUCCAACCGCCUGCGGCGCCUGGAGAGCUACGAGCGGGCCGGGCUGGUCCGGCGCCUCCGGUCCUACACCAAGGUUCUGUUCGUCAGGGAGCCCUUCCAGCGCCUCGUCUCCGCCUUCCGGGACAAGUUCGAGAGUCCCAACCGGUACUACCACCCGGUGUUCGGACGGGCCAUCAUCUCCAGGUACCGGGCCAACGCCACGAGCGCCGCCCUGAGCAGCGGCGCCGGCGUCACCUUCAGGGAGUUCGUGCGGUACCUGCUGGACGUGCGGCGGCCCGUGGGCCUGGACAUCCACUGGGAGCCCGUCAGCCGGCUCUGCAGCCCCUGCCUGCUGCGCUACCACUUCAUCGGCAAGUUCGAGAGUCUGGAGGAGGACGCCAACCUGCUGCUGAGCGCCAUCAGAGCGCCUGCCAACCUCACCUUCCCCGACUUCAAGGACCGCAACCCGAAGGCGGAGCGGACCUCGUCCAGAAUCACACAGAGGUACUUCUCCCAGCUGAACGCCACCGAGAGGCAGCAGCUCUUUGACUUUUACUACCUGGACUACCUGCUGUUCAACUACCCCAAACCCUUCUCAGACCUGCACUGAGCUCCGCCCACUGCGCUGAGCUCUGCCCUAUGUACCGAGCCCCGCCCCCUGCAUUGAGCUCCGCCCUAUGUACUGAGCACUGAGCCCCGCCCUCUGUACCGAGCCCCGCCCCCUGCACUGAGCUCUGCCCUAUGUACCGAGCACUGAGCCCUGCACUGAGCCCCGCCCCCUGUACCAAGUUCCGCUCUCUGUACCGAGCCCUGCCCCUGCACCGAGCCCCACCCUCUGCACUGAGCUCCAUCCCUGCACCGAGCCCCGCCUCUAGCUGCACCAGAACCAGAACUUUAAACACAUCUUAGUUUAAUAAUUGCUGAGUCAGCGGAUCAGGAUGUGCCUGCAGGGACCACCAGCUGUUUGAGGUCACCUGUCCUCACCUGGAGCUGGAUCCAUCUCCUGGUUCUGACUCAGACUGAAGCUGCAGCCACUUCUGUGAAGUUCUGCUGAGCUGACCCGUUCUCAGGUACAAUAGCUGGGAGCAAACCGGAUCAGAACCGACUCCUGACACUGCCAGCUUUUAUAUUUAAAGUUUAUUUUUUAAUAAACAGGUUUUGUUCUGGUCCACAUCCUGAAGACCCGGGUCGUCUGUCAGAACCUCCCAAACUUCAUGUUGAUUUUAAUAAAGAGAACUAAAACCUGA